UCUCACACAGUGAAGGGACUCAUCCAACCAAGAAAGAGAAACUCUCUCUCUUCAGCGAGCCAUGACAAUUUCCUCUCUACUCUUCCACUGUCCAACACCUUUCUUUCCUUACAAACCCACCUACAAUCCAUUCCCAAAUCGCUUCCCGACCACUUGCAACCUCAAAACCAACAUCCAUCUCUCCAAUGACUACAAGCUCUCAUGGACAUAUGAGCUCAAGAAAGCAUACGGGUCCCAACUAUCUGAACACACCAGCGACAAUGACGACUUCUUUCAGGAUUUGAUUGAUCGCAGAGGCGUCGACAACGUCCGUAUGCUCAUCAUCGACUCCGUCCAGCAUGCGAAAGCAGGCCACCCCGGAAUGGCACUUGGGAUGGCUGAAGUGGGUUAUUUUCUUUACAGGCAUGCAAUGAGAUACAAUCCAAAGAACCCCAAGUGGUUCAAUAGGGACCGGUUUGUUCUAAGUGCCGGACACGGGUGCUUGCUUCAGUACGUUUGUUUGCAUCUUGCUGGUUUUGAGUCCGUUCAGAUUGAAGAUUUGAAACGCCUAUGUAAGGUAGGAAGUCGGACUCCUGGCCACCCAGAAAAUGUUGUGACCGCUGGCGCCGAAGUCACAACUGGCCCACUUGGACAAGGGGUUGCAAAUGCCGUUGGUCUUGCUCUAGCAGAGGCCCAUCUAGCUGCACGUUUCAAUAAACCAGAUGCAGUCAUCAUAAAUCACCGGAUAUAUUGCAUCAUGGGUGACGGAUGUGCGAUGGAAGGAAUAUCCAACGAAGCUGCGUCCUUAGCCGCGCACUGGAAGCUCAACAAGCUCAUAUUGAUCUAUGAUGAUAACCAUAACACCAUAGACGGUGAUACAUCCCUCUCCUUUUCCGAGGAUAUUUCUGCCCGUUUGAAGGCUCUUGGUUGGAAUACAAUCACUGUGGAGGAUAUACACCUUGAUAUGGGAUCAUUCCAAUCGGCUCUUCUCUCUGCUUAUGGUGAGACUGAGAAGCCGACAUUUAUAAAGGUUAAGACUCUGAUUGGGAAGUUGUCUAAAAAGGAAGGAACAUCAAAAGCUCAUCACGGUACGUUUGACGACGAUGAUGUCAAGCAAAUGAGAGCGAAGGUUAAUUGGGAGGAUCGAGAGCCUUUCCAUGUAAUCCCUAUGAUUUACAGAGAAACGCAAUUCCAAGCCGAACUCGGUGAAAGCUUAGAGGACUGGACAUCUACCCUAAGAAAAUAUCAAAGCAACUACCCCCGAGAAUACGAGGAAUUCAAAAUCCUCAUUGACGGUGGCCUGCCUCUAGGCUGGGAAAAUUCGCUACCGAGGUGGUCUAAAUCUGAUCCGCUUGAUGCCACUCGUGGGUAUUCAGAGAAGUGCUUGAACCGGCUUGUGGACGUGCUUCCGGGCUUGAUCGGUGGGAGUGCAGAUCUCGCAUCAUCCAAUAAAGUCUACCUCAAUGGCCAUGAUGACUUCAAGCAGCCUAAAUCGCCUUACGGACGCAACAUCCGAUACGGAGUUCGUGAACAUGCGAUGGCUGGGAUUUCGAAUGGCAUCGCAUUGCAUGGAAGUGGACUGAUUCCGUUUGCAGCCACCUUCCUCACAUUCUCCGACUACAUGAAAAAUGCAAUGCGGUUGUCAGCGCUGAGCCACGCUGGUGUUAUCUACAUUUUGACGCAUGAUUCAAUUGGUUUAGGAGAAGAUGGGCCCACCCAUCAGCCUGUUGAGCAUCUCGCAGGCCUACGUGCCAUCCCACGGCUGCUCGUCUUCCGGCCUGCAGAUGGCAGUGAAGUGGCAGGUGCUUACAAAGUAGCAGUCAGAAACAGGCACAUGCCAACUGUGAUUGCACUGUCUAGGCAGAAGGUGGCGGCCCACUUGGACGGCACAUCAGCAGAUAGUGUUGCAAAAGGAGGUUACAUUGUAAGCGAGAAUUCGGAAAGAGAAUUGCCAGAAAUCAUACUGAUAGGAACUGGGUCCGAGCUAUGUUUAUGCGAGGGAAGCGCAGAGCGGUUGAGAAGAGAAGGGAGGCGAGUGAGGGUGGUGUCGCUGGUGUGUUGGCGGAUCUUCGACAUGCAGCAGGAGGACUACAAGGAGCAUGUGUUGCCUCGGAGUGUGCCGAAGCGUGUGAGUGUCGAGGCAGGCUCGCCGCAUGGGUGGAAGGAGUACGUUGGGAUGGAUGGUGUGGUGCAUGGGGUGGAGGAUUUUGGGGCCAGUGGGGCCUACCUUGACACAUUCAAAAUGUUCGGAUUCACUGAAGAGAAUGUUACAAGGAUUGCAAAGUCUCUGCUGGAGAAAUAAGAGUGGACCAUUGUUAUUUAGGUUUGUGGUGCAAGGACAAUGCUUGUCGUGUUGGUGGCUGAUCACGGCCUUAUAACAGGUGGGCCAUGUAUGUUGAUGGACUUUGCACUUGUUUGAGCUCUCCAUUUACUAGACAGAUGGUAUGGAUGACAUAAUGCAGAUGCUGAAACCGAAUCUCCCCAUGGUCCAUGUUUUCACAUCAUUUGUAACGGUCUUUAUAACAUCAUGGCCCACCUUCCUCUGAUGCACUUUUGCAUUGUAAUAAAUGACUAUCUGUAUAACAUCAUGUUGCAAUUUCUGAGUGCA